UCUCUUAGAUAUUUUCCUAUAUGGGCUUGCAUGCUGUAACACAUUCGUGUUUGUAUGUAGAUACGUUUUAUUUCUAUCUCUCUGCAUCUAUUCUAGGUUAACAAGUAUGGAGUCCUAUUAUAAAUUGCCUGUUGCUAAGAGAACUAGGUCAGGUAGUGAUAGGUUUAUAGAGGAGGAAUUUAAGAAACUUAAAAGUUCUGGCCGCCAGGUUGCGGUGGAGGCUGAUGUGGUGGUUCCGGUUGUGUUGGUUGAAGAUGAUGAUGAAGGGUUAAGUGGGAAUGCGAGGGGGAGGGGUGGGGAUGGGAGAGAAUGCAAGGGGAAAUCUGAGAAGGGUAAAGAGUUGGAUAAAGAUAGUGAGAGUGAUUGUGAUGUGAUUGUAGUGGGAGAGAGGGAUUUAUGUAAAGAUGAUGAUGAUGAUUCGGAUGUUGUUGAGGUGUUGGCUUUUGACAAGGGGGAAGAGAGGGAAAUUGAAAGGGUAGUAGAUGGUGGUGGUGGUGAUGAUGUGGAGGAGGAGGAGAGGAUUGAUUCUUUGUCGAGUGAAGAUGCGAGUGAAGAAUCUAAUGAAGAUACAAAUGAUGAAUCCGAUGAGAGUUUUAGAGAUGAGGGUUUUGUUGGAUCAGAUCAUGCUGAGAGUUCGGAUGAUUCAAGUUCUUAUGCAAAGUCUGAGGAUGAAGGAGACAAUGAUUCUGAUGAUGGUUGUGGGACAGAUAGAAGAAUUGAAGGGAAGAAUGGUUUUAAAAGGAAGGGGAGGGAGAAGGGGAAGUUCGCCGAGGGAAGUGGAAGGGAAAAUGAUAGAGGGGAGAAGGAAACGGUUGAUGGCAGAUUUGAGGACAAGGUAGAAACAUUUGAGCUAGAAGAAUCAAGUGAAAGCGAUGAUGAAGAUGGGAACAGCUCAUGUCAUUUUGAUGACUCCGAUGAAGAAAAUGAUAGUUCAAAGUCUGAAACAAGUGUUGGUAGGAAGAAUGGGAAGCGAAUUGUUAAGAGUGGAUUUCUGAAAAGAACACAGAAUGUUGCAGAUCGUCUUCGAUCAGAUGCACUUAUAACAUCCAGAAGUAAAAAAGUGAGUUUAAGGAAAGAUGGCUCGCAGAUUCAACCUUUGGUAGAGACUGAUGAUAAAAGUCGUGACAUAUAUGGUGGCAACAGAAGGAAAAAUCUGAAGAUGACCACUGGGAGAAACGCAGAUGAGGAUAUUGACCCUGUAAAGGCUUUUUGUGCUUUUUUCGCUGGUAAAAGAGAGGGUCUAAAAAAGAUUGAAAAGGAAGAAAUAAAACACAAGUUCUGGUUUCCUGAAAAGAAGCCAGUUGAGAAAUCAGCUUUCGAUGCAGAGCUUGAUCGGCUCUUUGAAGAUCUGAACACGGCCCUUACUUGUGAAGAUAUUGGUUCAACUCAACUGGAGGUUGAUAAUGGUGAUCACUGUAAGAUGCAAAGUGAUUGUAAUAGAGACAAACACGAUCUUGUUCUUGAUGAACAAAUCGGACUUGUAUGCAAAUAUUGUUCGCAUGUGAGCCAAGAGAUCAGACAUAUUCUUCCAACCUUUAGCACCUCUGAUCCUCAGAGUCGUAGGAGGAGACAUUUUGUACAACCUGAAUGCCCUUUAUUUUCAGAUUACUUCCAAGGCAUGGUUUCUGAACGACAUGAUUAUGAUGAUUACAACACUAUAGGAAGUGUCUGGGAUUUGGUACCAGGGGUGAGAAGCAGCAUGUAUGAACACCAGCGUGAAGGUUUUGAGUUCAUCUGGAAGAAUCUUGCUGGCGGAAUUAUGAUAGACGAGUUGGAGAAGCCCCUGUCCAGUUCUGGUUCUGGAUGCAUUAUAUCGCAUGCCCCUGGGACUGGAAAAACUCGCCUUACAAUCGUAUUUCUCCAAUCAUUCAUGAGGAUGUACCCAGAUUCUCGGCCGGUAAUCAUAGCUCCUAAGAGCAUGCUUCUUACUUGGGAAGAGGAGUUUAAAAAGUGGAACAUCAAUAUACCUUUCCAUAACAUGGACAACCUGGAGUUUUCUGGCCAGGAAAAUUCGGCAGCUGUAAAAAUUUCGAGGAUGGGAGGGCACAACAGGAACAAUAAAACUCUUGCACGUUUAGUCAAGCUUUAUUCAUGGAAAAGGGACAAAAGCAUAUUGGGAAUAACAUAUGCUUUAUUUGAUAAGCUUGUGAGCGCUGAGACAAGUAAUGCUGAGUGCGAUCCUUCAGAAGAGCUUAUGGGGAAUGUCCUCCUUCAGCUUCCUAGCAUUAUUGUACUGGAUGAAGGACACAAUCCCCGCAAUGACCAAAGCCGUAUCUACAACUCUUUACUCGAUGUUGAGACUGAGAGGCGCAUCAUACUGUCAGGAACUCCCUUCCAGAAUAAUUUUGUUGAGCUAUAUAAUACCCUGCGCUUGGUGAGCCCCAAAUUUGACAGUAAAUCUUCCAAAUUUGAUGAUACAUUGGAGAAAAAGUUGAGGAAGAUCAGCAAAGAAUUAAAAUCUAAUUGGUCGGGCCGUAAACUGAUGGAGCUAAAGCAUAUGAUUAGUCCUUUUGUCCAUGUGCAUAAAGGAAAGAUAAUUCAAGAAAGAUGUCCCAGAUUGAAGGACGCCUUGAUCCGCUUGCAGCCGACAGAUUUGCAGGAGGAGCUAAUAGCUGCCCUGAAAACCAAAGAUCAUAAAAAUGGCCACUUUGAAAUAGCACAUGAAAUUUCACUAGUAUCUGUCCAUCCCUCGCUCUUGCCAAAGCAAUGUUUUCGAUUGCAUCAGUUCUCAUCUUACAAGGAUAAGCUGCAAAGACUAAAAAAAGAUCCUUAUUCCGGUGCAAAGACAAAAUUUGUUAUAGAACUUUGUCGGCUGAGUGUGGCACUGAAAGAAAGGGUAUUGAUUUUUGGUCAGUUUAUUAAACCUUUGAAAUUAAUCAAAAAGCAGCUCCAGAGUUACUUUGGCUGGACUGAAGGAAGGGAAGUGUUAUAUAUGGAUGGAAAACUUGAAGCAAAGCAGCGACAAUCUUCAAUCAGUGCUCUGAAUGAUCCAAAAAGCAAAUCAAGGGUACUUUUGGCAUCUAUAAAGGCUUGUUCUGAAGGCAUCCAUCUGGUGGGAGCUUCGAGAGUUGUUCUGCUAGAUGUAGUGUGGAAUCCCUCUGUCGAGAGACAGGCAAUAAGUCGAGCCUAUAGGAUUGGCCAAACAAAAAUUGUCUACACCUACCAUCUUAUAGCCGAAGACAUGGAAGUCCGUAAGUACAAGGUACAGACUGCCAAGGAUCGAUUGUCGGAGAUGCUGUUUUCUUCGAAAGACACGGAUAGCUUGCAGAAGAAUUCGCCGGAUAUGGUCUCUGAAGAUAGGAUCUUGCAAGAGAUGUAUCAACAGAAUGAUAAGCUAGGUGGCUUAUUUAAACAAAUUCUUUACCAGCCAAAAGAAUCAGAUUUGAUAGAUACAUUUGAUGUGGUUGCAUAGGAGUGAUUUGGAAGAAAAUCUUUUUGUUGGUUCAGAAAAGGUAUCCUAGACCUAUUACCUAUGUGAUAAAAGUUCCAUACACAGAGCAGCCAAAAUAUUGAUAGUGGAUAGUUCUUGACGGUCAUCAUUAAUUAACAGAUGGAGAAUGGUAUGUGCAUGUUGGCAACAGUUUCUUAAUCCUCUUUCAAAUUAGUAAAUGUCUCUAUGUAAUAUCAGUCUUUCAUUCAUUUAGUAGAUUAAAGGGAUCUCAACUUUCCUUGAAACGAAUUUUAAGUAUUUUAAAAAUGAAUGACAGCCUGAUAUUCUCUAUC